AUGUGGAAGAGAAUUGACCAUCAACCCAAGAUCAAAGCAGGGGAUGGAGCUCGGGCAGGCCGGGUCAAGGCUGUGGGUUCAGCUCGCGAGCCCGCCAUGGUGCACCCUCCAGAGCUGUCAGAAUUCCAGAGCUUCCCGGUGUGCGAGGACAUUAGCCGUCACAUCAAGGACGUGGGGGCCCAGCUGGUGAAGAAGGUCAAUGCCAUCUUUCAGUUGGACAUCACCAAACACGGGAAGACGGUUCUGCAGUGGACCAUUGACCUGAAGAAUGGGCCUGGGGACAUGUAUCCUGGGCCUGCUAGGCUUCCCGUAGACACGGUCUUCACAAUCCCGGAGCCUGUCUUUAUGGAGUUAGUUUUGGGCAAAAUGAACCCGCAGAAGGCUUUCCUGGCUGGCAAGUUCAAAGUGAGCGGCAAAGUCCUGCUUGGCCAGAAGCUGGAGAGAGUUUUCAAAGACUGGGCUAAAUUUUAA